UGGAAAGGAUGGAGUUCCUCCGCGCGGAACAACAGCAGGCAGCGGAGCAGUUCAGCGACAAGAAACAAGUCUGGAUCAAUGACAAGGAUCAUGGCUUCGCCAAGGCUUCCAUCAUUAAGGACGAUGGGGAAAAUGUUCUCGUUCAAAAUACCGUAACAAUGCAGGAAAUAACAGUAAAGAAGGAGGAUAUCCAGCAGAUAAACCCCCCUAAGUUCGAGAAACUGGAGGAUAUGGCUAACCUGACAUACCUGAACGAGGCUAGUGUCCUUCACAACCUCCGACAGAGAUACUUCUCAUCCAUGAUCUACACCUACUCUGGCAUCUUCUGUGUGGCUGUCAACCCUUACGCUAGACUGCCCAUAUACACUAAAGAAGUGAUCAACUCUUACCGUGGAAAGAGGCGUACGGAGAUGCCCCCUCAUAUCUACACCGUUGCUGACGAAUCUUACCAAACCAUGAUCCAACAGAGGGAGAAUCAGUCUAUCCUUAUUACCGGAGAAUCCGGUGCUGGAAAAACAGAAAAUACCAAAAAAGUUAUCCAAUACUUUGCCUCAAUUUGCGGGGUUGAGAGUAAAAGUACCGAUGGUAGCAAUCUGGAUGAACAGCUUGUCCGAUGUAAUCCUGUCCUUGAGGCUUUCGGAAACGCCAAGACUAUCAAGAACGACAACUCUUCCAGAUUCGGAAAAUUCAUCCGUAUUCAUUUCGGAACCCAGGGCAAAAUCCAUAGGUAAAUUAAUGAUUUAUUAUGCAUGCAGUUUAGUUUUGUACUUAACACUACAUCUUCAGUUGUAUCCUACUUCGCAUCAGUCUGUGGAGUGGGUGAUCAGGUUGGCCAAAGCAACAGUGACCCUGAGUCCCCGGAAGGAAAAACCACACUUGACCAGGCCCUUGUCCGAUGUAAUCCUGUCCUUGAGGCGUUCGGAAACGCCAAAACCCUGAAAAACGACAACUCCUCGCGAUUUGGAAAGUUUAUAAGGAUACAUUUUGGUGGUACCGGGAAGAUUCAUAGUGCUGACAUAGAGAGGUAUCUUCUGGAGAAGGCAAGAGUAACUUAUCAGAACCCUGAUGAGAGAUCUUUCCAUAUCUUCUAUCAGAUGCUCAAGGGAAUGAACGCUGACGAGCUAAAGGACUGCCUGUUGACCAACAGUCCCAACAAUUACGCGGUGCUCAGUAACGGAGAUGUCAUCGUUGACAGUCUGGCAGAUCCAGAUCUCUUCCUGGAGACCCAACAGUGCAUGGGUGUCCUCAACUUCUCCAAGGAACUACAGAGGAAGAUAUUCAGGUUCGCUGCUGGAGUACUACAUCUUGGUAACACCCAGCUGAAGUCCAACAAGAGAGAUGAGGGUUGUACCAUUGAUGACGCUCAGUGGAUCGACAAAGCUUGCCACAUGUUUGGUGUAAACGCUGUCGAGAUGACCAAAGCUCUGAUCAAACCUAGGAUCAAAGUAGGAAACGAGUACGUCCACAAGGGUCAGAACGCAGAACAGGUAAAAUACAGUAUCAAUGCCCUUUGUAAGAGUGUGUUCGAGAAGCUGUUUAAACUUGUUCUGGACAUGUGUAACGAGACACUCGAGACCAAACUCAGGAAGAACUUCUUCAUUGGUGUUCUUGAUAUUGCUGGAUUCGAAAUCUUCGAGUUCAACUCGUUCGAGCAGCUGUGUAUUAACCUUACAAACGAGAAGAUCCAGCAGUUCUUCAAUCACCACAUGUUCACAUUAGAGCAGGAAGAAUACAGGAAGGAAGGUAUCAAGUGGGACUUCAUCGACUUCGGGCUGGAUCUGGAGCCAACGAUUGAGCUCAUUGAGAAGAAUAUGGGAGUGUUUGCGGUCAUGGACGAGGAAUGUAUCAUGCCAAAAGCUUCCGACCAGACCUUCCUCUCAAAACUUACCCUCUGUCACAACAACAAACAUCCUAAAUUCCUUAAACCAUCCGCUAAGAGCUCGAUGGGUAUAAACCCAGUGCACUUCCAAGUAAUCCAUUACGCCGGAGUUGUUGGCUAUAACGUCGACGGUUGGUUAGACAAGAACAAGGAUCCUCUGAACGAAAAUGUUGUCGAGCUGUUCGUUAAGAGUAAGGACCCCGUAUUCAGCAAGCUCUUCGAAGCUCCAGAGGUAGCUCACACUGGCCGAGGACGUAAGAAGGGAGGAUCCUUCCAGACGGUGGCCAUGAUCCACAAACAGGCUGUGGAGCACCUCCUCAACACCCUCCAACAGACCACACCUCACUUCAUCAGGUGUAUCCUGCCCAACAUGAAAAAGAAGAGCGGUAUUAUUGAGGCUAAACUUGUUCUCGAACAGCUCAGGUGCAAUGGUGUACUUGAAGGUAUCCGUAUUGUCAGAAAGGGAUUCCCUAACCGUCUCCUUUAUCAAGAGUUCGUCCAAAGGUAUACAAUUCUUGCCCCCAAGGCUAUACCAGCUGGCUUUGUUGAUGGAAUGAAGGCCACUGAGAAACUUGUUGAGGCCCUGAAUCUAGAGGAGAAUGAAUUCCGAAUGGGUUACAGCAAGAUCUUCCUUCGAGCCGGUGUGAUCGGAUCUCUAGAAGAUAAGCGUGAUGAGAGAGUAAAGGAGGUUCUGAUCGGAUUCCAGACCCUUGCAAGAGGCUGGCUGGCCAGGAAGAGGUUCAGGAAGCUUCUAGACCUGAGAGUAGGAGUGCUCGUUGCUCAGAGGAACACAAGACAGUACUUCAUUCUGAGGAAAUGGCAGUGGUGGAGACUGUUCACCAAGGUCAAACCACUCCUCUCCGUCACCAGGCAAGAGGAAGAGUUCAAAGAGAAAGAAAAAGAGAUCGAAAGAGCGAGAAUACAAGCGGAAGAGUUCAAGGUUCAUACUGAUGAUCUCCAGGCGAGACUGGACGCCGCCCUGACUGAGAACGGGAAAGUGAAGGACACCCUCACUAAAGAACAACAAGCUGCUAUUGAAGCCGAAGAGCAGUGUACCAAACUUGAAUCUAUGAAAUCCAAAUUAGAAGAUGAAGUGUCGGGCUUGAUGGAUCAGAUAGAUGAAGAGCAAGAUAACAACUUCAAGAUAAGCGCCCAGAAGAGAGCUCUGGAGGCUGAACUCUCGGAUGUGAAAUCUAACAUAGAAAUUUUAGAAUCGAGUAUCAAGACGAAAGACGCAGAUCUGCAUAGGAAGGACGAGGCUUUAACUGCUAAAGAGGGGGAAUGUGCGAAGAAAGACGAAGAGAUGAGAAGAUUGGCUGAUAAACAGAAGAGUCUGGAAGCUGCCAUAACCGAUCUUGAAGUGAGCCUUGCGUCCGCUUCCGAGAAAGCAGCCAGUUUGGAUAGAGCCAAGAAGAAGGCAGAUACUGAAGUCAAACGUUUGACCGAGGAGCUGGAUAACGAAAGGCUCAACAAAGCUACUUUGGACAAGAACCUGAGGACCAAAGAAACCGAACUCAAAGACACAGUCGCCAAGCUUGAGGAUAUUUCCAACGCCAAAGCACUUUGCGAGGCAGAGCUGAAGAAGCGCGAAGCUGAGUUGGCUCAAUCGAACCAGCUGCUGGAAGAGGAACAAGAGGCCGGUCAGAAGAAAGAUAGAAAUGCUAAAGAUCUGAACAACAAGAUCCACGAUCUUGAGGAAGAACUUGAGGGCGAAAAAGCCGCCAAAGCCCGAGUAGAAAGACAGUGUAAAGAGCUGGAUCGUGAAUUACAGGAUCUUAAUGAGAGGUUGGAAGAAGCUGGAGGUGCUACUGCUGCUCAGAUCGACGUGAACCGACGAAGGGAGGAGGAGAUACAGAAUUUGAAGAAUGAACUCGAGAACUCCGAAAGGGAACAUGGUGAGGCAGUUGAUGGUCUCAAGAAGAAGCUUAAUGAGACUCAACUUAUGUUGGAAGAAUCACAGGAGCUCGCCAAGAAGACUAAAUUGAAGAACGACAAAGACCGAGCCGCUGCUAAGGGUGAGUUUGAUGCUCUAAGCGAAGCCCACGACAACCUCCAAAAACAGAAAUCAGCGCUGGAGAAAACAGCCAGAACGUUGGACGAACAGUUGGGAGACUCUAAUAGUCGUUGUGCUACCAUGGAAACAAAUCUGAGGGACCUAGCUGAUAAAUACAACAAAUUGGUUAAGGAGAACAACGAAUUGUGUGCUCGUAUCGAGGAUAUGGAAGUUAAAGAAGUUAACUUGAACCGAAGCAAAAAGGGCCUGCAAAACCAGAUCGAUGAGCUUAACAGCCAGAUCGAAGUCGUUACUUCUGAGAAGAACGGUCUCGCAAAUCAGCUGAAACAGGCUGCCUCCGAGAUUGACAAUCUACAGGAAGAGCUGGAGAUGUCUAUCAGCGAACGGGAGGACAAGGAGAGAAUGCUUGGCCUCGCACAAAACGAGCUGAUUGCUGUUAAGGGUGUUUGUGAAAGCGAACAUGUACCCAGGAUCGAAGAACUUGAAACUGAGAACAGGAAACUCCAGCUGAAGAUUGCAGAAUUGGAGGAUACUGUUGAUGAAGUUCAAACGAAGGCCAACCAAGCUGACAAGACGAGACAGCGUCUCACACUAGAGUUGGAGGAUACAACUAUUGAGCUUGAUCGUGUGAAGAACGAUCUGGGAUCUAUGGAGAAGAAACAGAGGAAGGUGGAUCAACUGGUGAGCGAAUGGAAGGCAAAAUACGACCAGGAGACGACAAAGAACGAGGGUCUUGUCAGAGAGAUCCAGAAGAUCAACACUGAUUCUAUGAACAUGAAGAACUCCAACACAGAGCUUCAAGAUGAACUUGAUAAUGUGAAGCGACAAAUGAAGUCACUCCAGGGUGAAAAUGCUGAUCUUAUUGAACAGCUGGAGGGAGGCGGCAAAGCCACUCACGAGAUUGAGAAACUGAGGAGAAAGUUGGAGGCAGAGAAUGAAGAGCUAAGGAACCAGCUAGAGGAAGCUGAAACUCUUCUGACAAUGGAGGAGAACAAGACCUCUAAGCUAACUCUAGAGCUUAGCCAGCUGAAAAUGGAAAUGGAGAAGAGGCUCGGAGAGAAGGACGAGGAGACCGACAAGGACAGAAAGAAUCUGCUGAGACAGAUCGACUCUCUGCAUCAAUCUAUCGAGGAUGAAACCAAGAUUAAGAACGACCUGAUGAAAGCCAGGAAGAUGGCUGAUACUGAGGUCGCUGGACUCCACGAUGACCUUGACAAUGCCGAGAAAACAAUAGGAACUCUAAACAGUAACCUAGGCAAGCAGCAGAAGGCAAUCAACGAGCUCCAAACAGCGCUCGAGGACUCUAACAAGAAUGGAGAGAACCUCAAAACAGCGCUUAUUAAGAGUGACAAGAAGGCCUCUACUCUUGCUAACGAGAAGAGCGAUCUCGAAGCGGCAGUUGAGAGAGUCGAGAGACUCCUUAAGAGCAUGGAGAACGAGAAAGCAGAGCUCACCGGUCAAGUCGCCAACCUCGAAACUCAGCGUAAUUCUGUGGAGAGCUCUCGUAAGAAGCUGGAUGCAGAAUGCCACCAGUUGCGUGACUCAAUCGAGGAUCUUGAGGAGGAAAAGAGGACUGCUGAUACGAUGACUCAACGAGCUAACGAGGCCCUUCACCGCACUCAGAGCGAACUAGCUGUAGAACAGGAAGCUAAGAGCAACCAAGAGAGAGCUUGCCAGACUCUUACCAGGAGAAUUGUCGAACUUGAGAGCCAACUCGAGGACUUGGAACAGCAAGCAAGAAACGCUGGCAAGUCCAAGAUAGCCGCCCUGCAGAACAAGGUCCGACAGUCUGAAGCUGAUCUCGACAACGAGUCUAAGAGGCGCAUGGACGCGGAGAAGGCUGUUAAGAAACUGGAGCGAGUGAUCAAGGAGAACGCGUUCAACGCAGAGGAAGAUCAUAAGACGAUCCAAAGACAGCAAGCAACUCUCGACAUGAACAACACCAAAAUCAAGACACUCAAGCGAAACAUGGAUGACUCUGAGACUCAAGUGUCUCAGCUGCAAUCCAAGCUGAGGAAGGCUCAAGCUGAGUUAGCAGAGGCCGAGGAGCGGGCGGAUCUGGCUGAGAGCUCUCUAAGCAGAGCUGCUGGCAGGAACAGAGCGGCUGCUGGUCGAGUAGCUAGGACGAACAGCAGCAGUGGUGGGUCGUACAGUGGGAAACUCCAGAGAAUGGGCAGCACCAGCUCUACCUCGGGCACUCCUCCCCUAACUCGCACCAGCUCUAACUCGAGCACUAAAGGAUAAACUACUGCAUGAGGAGCUCUGAAUCCUACUUAUAUAUCUACUUUAUCACUCGCUACAUGCUCCACGAAUACCAUUGAUUUGGACGUAUGCUUUUCUCGGAAAAAGUGUAUUUUUUAUAGUUUAUUACUAACUAUUGCUUUGUUGAAAAAGAUUCAAUUAAAUAUGUAGCUACAAUUUUGAAGAGAAAUGUUAUGAAUAUGAAUUGCUAUGAUGUACUUUGUUAUUUUCUGAUAUGCCAGUAAUGCCGAAUGCUUAUGUAUCAAUAAAAUUUUAAAUAUUAAAAUAUGGAAUGGAGGUUCACUUCUUUUCAUGUCACUCUAAUUAGCGUUUUGAAUUUAAACCAGUUUUGUUAAGUUGUAAAUCGUCGAAUAUGGAAUUUCUUAAAUCUUUUGUUUAAAGUGAGGUAUGGACUUUUAUGCGACCAACUAUUUUAAGAGAAUAAGUUUGGCUUUGUUUCAAGACAAUGACUACAUGUUAAUUUCUACACCUUUUUAAUUUCAAGCAUCGUGGGAUUUAGGCCCAAGAUCCAUUAAUUAUGGACUUUUAUAUACAUGUUGAUUUUGGAAUUUAUAAUUUUAUUAAAUUCACUCUUAUUUAGAAAA